AUGGGUGGGGCGAAACUCCUCCUCUCGCCGCGCUUCCCAUUUCCGCAUUCCCCCGCCCAUCGUCGCGCCACCCGCUGUCGCGCCAACGAUCCUUUCGUCGCGCAUCCUCUCGUGCCUCGCCUCCCAUCGUCGCGCCUCCUCGCCGCGCCUCCCGUCGUCACGCCUCCCGUCGUUUCUGGGAGCCUCCGCUUGUCGCGCCUCCGCUCGCCUCGUCGCCCCUCCGCUCGCCUCGUCGCGCCUCCGCUCGCCUCGCCGCGCCUCCGCUCUCCUCGCCGCGCCUGCGCUCGCCUCCGCGCGCCUCCUCUCGCCUCGUCGCGCCUCUGCUCGCCUCGUCGCGCUUCCGCUCGCCUCACCGCGCCUCCGCUCGCCUCGCCGCGCCUCCCUGCCAUCAGCGCGCCAACACCCUCAUUUCCUCCCCCCCUUCCCCUCAUUUCCCCCGCUCCUUCCCCUCAUUUCUCUCCCUGCUUCCCUUCAUUUCCCUCCCUGCAUCUCCUCAUUUCCCUUCCUGCUUCUCCUCAUUUCCCUCCCUGCUUCCCCUCUUCCCCCCUUGAUUCCCCUGGUUUCUCUCCCUGCUUCCCCUCAUUUCCCUCCCUGCUUCCCCUCAUUUCCCCCCUUGAUUCUCCUCAUUUCCCUCCCUGCUUCUCCUCAUUUCCCCCCUUGAUUCCCCUCUUUUCUCUCCUUGCUUCCCCUCAUUUCCCACCCUGGUUCCCCUCAUUUCCCCCCUUGAUUCUCCUCGUUUCCCUCCCUGCUUCUCCUCAUUUCCCCCCUUGA